AUGGAAGACAAUCGUGACACGGCGGGCCCUUCAGAACCUAAGAAACGUAAAACACAGGACACAAGAAACGUACAAAAACUAACGGAUGCGGAAUUAUUACGAAUAUUAGAAGAAAGCGAUUCGGAAACGGAACUGGCCAGUGAGGAGGACGGCGUGGAAUCCAGUGAAGAGUCUGACGGAGCCGAGUUUGUUUUAGAUGAGACUGUAGAAAUGGCUGUGAAUCCUAGCGACAGGGAAAUGGCAGAAGGAGUGGUAACAAGAGAUAACGCAGCUGAUACAACUGUUGCGUGGGAAAGAGAGCCAGUUGGAAUGAUAAAUUGCCCAUUUAUAAAAAAUGAGGGACUGCUUAUUCAACCGACGGAAAACACUCCCUUAGAUUAUUUUCGUCUUUUGCUGACGGACGAAUUUCUAUUGACAGUUGUAGACGAAACAAAUCGAAACGCGAUUGAAUUAUUCCUUUCUGCGGGAACCAAAGGACAAUCACGAAUAAACUGUUGGAAAGAUGUGACUGUUGGCGAAUUGUUAGUGUUCUUGGGAGUUUUCCUGCACAUGGGAAAUGUAAAGAUGAGGAAUUUGCAGGACUAUUGGAAAAAGGACGCUUUAUUCAACGUGAAAGGAAUUGCCGAUAGUAUUUCACGAAAUCGUUUUCUGCUAAUACUACGUGCAUUACACUUUUCUGAAAAUCCAAAACAGGGCAAACCAACACCAUCCGACAGGUUGUAUAAAAUACGUCCCGUUAUCGAUUUUUUCAAUGAAAGGAUGUGCCAAGUUUACUACCCUGGACGGGAACUGUCUCUGGACGAAUCAAUGAUCCUUUGGCGUGGACGAUUACUUUUCGCGGUAUACACUGGCAUGCUGGACGAUUUAGGAGGAAGAGGCCAUGCGCAAAAAAUUGUUCUUCAUUUACUAGAUGAAAAGUUGAAUGCUGGUCACCAUGUGUACAUGGACAAUUACUAUAACAGCUUCGCAUUGGCAAAGCUGCUCCUGGAUAAGAAGACCCACUGCACGGGAACUCUGAGGGCGAAUAGGAAGGAUACACCCAAGGAAAUACAGGAAGCAAAACUACGAAAAGGUGAAGCCGUUGCCAGAUUUGCGGAAGGAGUUAUGAUAGGUAAGUGGCGUGAUAAGAGGGAGGUUUGCUACAUUUCUAAUGCAUUUGCAAAUGAAAUGGUUGAGCUGCCGAGAUCACCACAUAAAGUGUUCCAGGUUGGCUUGGGCUGCAUGAGGGAUCUGAAUCCUCCGCCCCCUUCUCCUCCUCCACUUCCACCACCACCACCACCACCACCACCACCACCAUCAGAUUGUCUGAACUGCACUGGUAGGAACUGUGGUAUAAGAUGGUGUACUUCUUCAGAACUCAGUCACUAG